GGGGGAUUGCUGGGAUGUGCCGCGCGGGAGAGUCUGCCCACAUUUUUUUUAGGCCGAGAUGAACUUAUAGUUUUUGAUUUAAAAAAUUUUUUUUCCAAUUUGUAAUGCCCAUUGUACAUGCCUAUUCUUUAACUCAAAAUCGCCAUCUCGAUCUUCAAAUUGACCGUAUGGUAUAUGCAUUACAUUACACAACAUCCUGUCCAGAUAAAACCUAGUUAGUACACACAACAGUUGAAAGGGAAGUGAUGAGUGAUGUUGAAUGUUGCCUGCUUAAUAUGCAAGACCUCCUGCUACCAUGAUAACAUCAGAAGAAAGCUUCAGAGAAUUAUAUGCCAGAACUUUUUUCUGGUUUGCACUUCAUUGUAAAGGAUUAGAGUAUUCAAAGACAUGAAUAGCAAAAAUGCAGAAAUCUAAUACUGUAGAGCUCGUUUAUAUUAAAAGGUGCAUUGAUUUUUUGAAAUCAUCAAAUGUGAAUUGAUUAAAAACAAGUCUCUUGUACCAUAUUAAUCAUUUUCACCUGGUAGUCCACCAAGAAGGGGAAUUUAUUUCCAAAUACAUUGCAACAUUUUGCUGAUAAAAUUAAUGGUUUUGGGGUAAAAAAAAAAAAGCCAAAAAUCAUUAGCCCCUGGGCCCCGCCCCCUUGGGCUAUGGGCCCCGCCCCCUUGGGCUAUGGGCCCCGCCCCCCUGGGCCAUGGGCCCCGCCCUGGUUUUUUCAGACUUUUUAAAUAUUUUUCAUUCUCAUCCCUGGGGGUUGUAUAAUAAAACAAAUACUUUACGAUUUAUUUGGUGUAUACUGAUGAAGUAACUUUUAUUUUAUUUUUGGCCAAGAGAAGGGUGGCAGGCCAGAAUUAUAACAUGGUGGUGCGCCACUUUAAAAGCGCCCGUGGAGAACACUGCUAUCUAAGAAAGUAGUUUUGUCCAUGUUUCACCAAUUUGUUGAAUGUUAACUUCAGUAUGCCAAGGCUAGAUCUCUGGGAUUUUUAUAACUGAAAUACAUUGAGCUAGCAAAAGUCUUGGGAGAAAUAACAGAUGCACAGAACUUUCACACUAAGCUGAUAUAAAAUGUUCUCCACACACACAGGAACACUUUUUGUUGGCAUCUAGUCUUCCCAUUUAACUCCAGCUUGCUAUUUUUCUUAUCUUUCUGGAUUUGCCAGAAAAUUAAACCAGGCUUAUCUCCAUGUCUGUUAUUGCAUCCAAAAGCACAAGAAGUCUCUGGCAUUGUUCUUUUAGAUGUAACUUCGACAAGUUCAUCUGUAGAUGUUUACUGAAUUGGGCUUGCAGUCACUUGCAAUGCCGACUCAUGCCGGUCAUUGUCAAACACAAAGCUUGUGUGGCAAAAUAACUGUGGAUUUACAUGGUUAUGAGUGUGUAAUAAGCAUAGUUAACUAAAAUGUACAUCAUAUAGCCAUGGCUAGCUUAAUUCAAGUAUCUCCUAUGAGUGCAGUCCUCUUUUAAUACAAAUUUUUAACUUUAAAAUUCCCAGAAUUCCCACCACCAGCAUGGUGGUUGUCAGAUUUCAAUUCAUUUCUCAUGAGCACUCACAAGGCACUCCAAACCAACAGGGGGGGACCACGCACAAGAUGGUGGUGGAACCCAAACCCUCAGCCAGUGUUUUAGAGGGACCAUAUUCACCUGUGCACCCACUGGGAAAGCAUGGUAGGAAAUGUUUGGACAAAGCCCAGUUAGCCUUUCACCUGCUCCUGGAAAUACGGAAUGACCACAACUCCAGAUCAACCUCAAAAUGCAACUGGUUAUCAACCUAUUCAAUACUAUCCAAUUUCAUCAUUUGAUUAUGUCCACUGAAACCAAAACCCUCUUCAAGCAAAUAAAAAUCAAGGAAUAAGAAGAAUUGAGUUGUCCAUUGCAUCCUUCAAUGGUUGAUCAGGCAGUUUUCAAGUUUGGGCAGAGUUGUGGUCACAAAAAGCACAGAACUUGACCGUUGAUAACCAGCGUGGCAAUGAUGACUAGGAUCAAAGGCCUGAAGACAAGCUGUCGAUGCGAAGGAAGAAUUGACUGGAAACUCUUCACCAUGGUGAAGGAAACUCUUGGGAAAACAGUCAAGCAACUGAAGCAAGAGAGGACCGUAGCUAAAACUCCCUUCACCAAGCAAACGAACUACCUGAGCAGAGCUGCAAAUGGCAUGAUAAAGCAUGAGCUACAAGAGAAGUUCAGCAAGCUCAGUUCCCUGGCAAGGCAUGUCAGCAAUGCAAAUGAGGAAUACAGGGCUGGCCUACUGGCAGACGAUGAAGCUGGAACUGGUGAGGGUGAAGAAGUCAACCUUGGCAAGCACCAGCAGGAUGAGCUUGAAAAGACAAUGGAAGAGUGUGACACGAAACUGGAUGAAGUCUGGAAAGCAGUCCAAUCCAACCUCUGGCAAAGGUACGGUGAAAAGGAGGCAAUAUCUGCAAUCCAAGAAGCAGGGAUAGCCUGUGAAAGAGCUCAUGCAAGCCCCAUCACUGCUAUCAGUACUGCAGCUGGAAGGAGUGAGAAAACUUGUCCAUGAUGCAAUUGCAAGCCUGAAAGACUGGGAAAGAUGGAUCCCACCUGAUCAGACAGUACACUUGGAGGGCAGAGUAAAGGACCUGAGAGCAGUUGGUAACAACCUCGAAGCCAGAAGGGCAGAAUUCCUCACCGCACAAAGAAUCACAGAGGAGGAAAGAAGAGAGAGCCUCAACUUAUGGCAGUUCCACAACCAGUGAUGAGGAUAAAGCCAAUCAGCCUACCUAAAUUCACUGGGUUCAAGAGGAAUUUUCACAGAUGGAGGAGAGACUGGGAAAGCCUGCAAAGGCAGGGAGAGCCGACUGGCUCAGUGGAGGUGAAGAAGUUCCAACUCCUUGAUACUGUGGAUGAGAAGAUAUGUAGAGACCUGCGCUUGUCAACAUACAACAAUGCUGAAGACAUAUUUAGAGUACUUCAAAACAGGUAUGGAAACAAGCCAGCAAUCGCCUUGGAAAUAAUUGAGGACCUGGAGAGGAUGCCCCCUGUAAAGUCACACCAGCCAAGGAAGGUGAUUGACCUAAUUCAAGCUGUAGAAAAGGCCCUGAAUGACCUCAUCGAGCUUGAGAGCACUGGAGCCAUCAAGAAUCCCCUGGUGAUCAGAUCCAGAGAGAGCAAACUGCCAGACAAUAUAAAGAGGGACUGGUCAAUCCAAGAAGGGGAGUCACACCAGACAACCACUUCGACAGCCUUCUCACAUUCUUAAAGACUCAGGAGGACAUUCUAGAGAAACUAGACCAACUGGGUGUAAGUGAAAGAUCAGAAAAAAAGCUUACUCACCAGGAGAAGUAUGCUUCCACAAAGUCCACAAAGAAAGGAGGAUGUGUUUGUGAAGAUGAAAGGCAUCGUGAGAUCAUCUUUUGCAAGAGGUUCAAAGAACUAAAGCCUAGCGAGAAGCUAAAUGCUGUUGAAAAGCUGGGAGCAUGCAGAAGAUGCCUCAUAUGUCAGGCAGAGGAUGAGGAAUGUAUGGACACUUACCUGUGCAGAAACAGGGACUGCAAGAAAGGGAGCUCCUCAGACCACCAUUUCUUUCUUUGCCUGAAAGGAGGAUUCAAAGGGAAAGAAUCUGAAAAAGUGGGAAAACCCAGCACCAGAAGGCAAGCACUCACAGAGGAACAAGAGAGAUUAAUAUCUGGACUCACCCCAGACAUGGCAGAAAAAUUCAGGAGAGCUUUCACCAACAUGGCUGCAAAAUCACACUGCAUUGAAAAGAACCUACCUGGAGUGAUGGACUCAAAUACAUGUGACUUACCAGUUAUUCUUAUGCUUCUGGAAGUAACUGCCAAUGCAGGACAGAAAAUUGGAACUCUCAUUGACUUGGCAUCAGAUACCAACUACAUCACUCACAGAGCUGCCAGGAGACUGAAGCUACGGAGUGAAAAGGUCACGCUUGUUGUCCAUGGAGUCGGAGGCAUGGCCAUGAAGGUAAAGACCAAAAGAUACUUACUCAAGGUGAGAGUCAAGACACCUAGAGGCACGGAGCAAGCUCAUGAGCUUAUCUGCUAUGGCUUGAAUGAAAUUGCAAAAGUGCAGAGAGUAAUCAAACCACAUCAGCUCAAGAAGUUCUUCCCCGACACCAACCUGGAAGACCUUCACAGACCAGAGUAUGUUGAGCUUCUCAUUAGCCACCUUGAAGGAAGACUCGCUCCACAAAGAGUAAAGGUAGUAGGAGACCUCGUCCUUUGGGACGGCCCUUUAGGAAAAACUGUUGGCGGAGCGCAUCCAGACCUCUGUGAAGUAAUGGACAUGGCUCCGCACAAUUCUGAGACUCGCUUUGCACGAUCACUGAGAUCCACAGCAGUGAAGUAUCAAGAAAUUGCUGAGAUGCAAGAAUUCAAAGCUGAAACCAAAGGCACAGUUGCUGGCAGAAUGUUCUUAGACUGGUGGAAAUGGGACAGCAUUGGAGCAGCCUGCGAACCCAUGUGUGGAGGAUGCUGGUGCAGUAACUGUCAGCCAGGAGGCAAAGACAUGACUCUGAGUGAGGAAAGAGAGCUGGAGAUUAUCAGGCAAGGCCUCACCUAUGUGAAAGCGGAUGCUCACAGUCAGAAGCCUCUCUGGGACACAAAAUAUCCCUGGGUUGAAGAUCCAAGUUCCCUGCCCAACAACAGAAAUGCAGUGGAGGCCACCUUUCUGAGGAUAGAGAGACAGCUCAAGAAAGAACUAGAGUGGCGUGUGGCAUACACAAGUCCAUGAGAUGGUGGAGAGGAAAGCAACAAAGAAACUCACUAAGGAGACCAUCGCCAACUGGAAAGGCCCAGUAUGGUACAUCAGCCACUUGGUGGCACCAAACCCACACUCCAUUACAACACCUGUGUGACUGGUAUGGAAGAGCAGCCAGAAGUUUAAAGGGCGUAGCAUGAAUGACCUCCUUCUGAAAGGGCCUGAUGUCCUCAAUCCUAUCCGAGCAGUGCUACUAAGGUUCAGAAGAGGAGUCCAUGCUGCCCUAGGCGAUAUCAAGAAAAUGUAUAAUUCUGUGUGGCUUGAAGACCUGGAGAUGCACCUCCACAGAUUUCUCUGGAGAGACAGUGAAGAUGGAGAAAUUGAGGAAUAUGCCAUCACCAGAGUCAACAUUGGCGAUUGACCAGCAGGGUGUAUCGCACAACUGGCCAUGAAAGAGACAGCAAAACUGCCCAUGUUCACUCACCUGGAGGAGGAACGUAGGAUCCUUGAAGAGGAUUCUUAUGUAGAUGACAUCCUGACAUCCCACAAUGACCUGGAGGAGCUAGACAGAACCACCAAAAUAGUUGAAGAAAUCCUAAAGGCAGGUGGAUUCUUCCUCAAGCCAUGGGUCCGGUCAGGCCAAAGUGGGAGGCAGAAGGAUGCAGCACAAGAUCUUCAGAUCAAGUCCUCAUUCUUCCCAACCAAAUAAGGAGACAACAAAGCCCUUGGAGUUGGCUACCUGGUCGACUCGGACAAACUGUACCUCAUGACCUCCAUCAACUUCUCAAAGAGAAAAAAGAUGAGUUGGCCAAAAUCUUCUUGGAGAAGAGGUGAGAAAAAGAACUCCAAACCCACUGACUAGGCGACAACUGCUUAGCCAAGUAGCUAGCUUGUAUGACUCAAUAGGUCUCGCAACACCUGCCAAACAAAAGGGAGCCAUUCUAGUCAGAAAAGCUUUUCAAGAAGCUGGAGGCAAAACUCUGACAUGAGACACAUGGGACAAACCUCUGUCUGAAGGACUGAGAGAAGAAGCCAUCCACCUGUUUGAGAAAUAUAAAAGGCUCAACCAAAUAACCUUCCACAGAAGCUUCACACCAGUCAAAAGGAUUGGAGGACCCUGGGGGAUAACAUUCUCUGAUGGAAGUGACCAGAGCUAUGGAGCUGUUGCAUACUUCAGAUGGAAGACCGAACGAGGGAUCCUGGUCUGGCUGGUCGAGUCCAAAGCAAAGCUCACACCACUUGACCAAAAGGGAGAACCACUGAAGGCUGAGGUCUGUGGUGCUGUCUACGCUGCAAGACUCAGAAGAUGCAUUUGACUGAGCUUCUCAAUGUAAGUUGAACGUUGGCUCCAUCUGUUGGACAGUCAAACUGUGCUGGGAGCAAUCCAAAGAGAGAGCUAUGGGUUCCAGACCUUUUUUGCAAACAGAGUUGGAGAGAUCCAAAAGACCACAUCUAUUGAAGACUGGAGAUGGAUUCCAGGUGAGCAAAACAUUGCUGCCCUCAUAAGAGGAGCAACCCCAGAAGACCUCAAAGAGGGCUCUGUGUGGCAAAAUGGACCAGAGUUUCUGAAACGACCUGUGGAAGAAUGGCCGACAAAGUCAGCCAAAGACAUUGCUGCACAGGCCAAAGAAGGUAUAAACAAGCUCCAAAGGAAAUGUUUCACAGCAGCACUGACCCGAGCACCGGUGAAAAUGUUUCCAACCUCUGCUCCAGCCAAGACUGACCAAAGCAAGGACUUGCAAAGCAUCCCUAGUGGAGAAGAACUCCAAGUCUGGAGACUACCUGCUGGUUCUGCAGUGAGAAAAAUCCUUGAUAUCAGCAGAUUCAGUAAUUUAACCAAGCUGACCAGAGUCAUUGCCUGGGUGUGGAAAGCUGCCACAAAGUGGAGAAAAGUGCUGGCCAGAACCUCAACCACAAGUAAGCCAAAGGGGGAGAGAAUUCCUUCAGCCCAAAAGAUCAGGUCCAGAGCCAAAGAAGCUGCACUUACCAUCAGGGAGUGUGAAGAUGCGCUCAGGGACUUCUUCCUUGCGGCUCAGGAGGAGGUAACCUUUCCAGACACCACACUCAACAGACUUGCUGUGGUAAGGGAUGAAAACACCGGACUUUUGCUCUGUGGAGGAAGGUUCCAAAUCUUUAAUGAAGAAAAAACUGCAGUACUGAUCUUACCUUGCAUAUUGUGGAUAUCUACUCUUCUAGCUCAAGAAGCCCACAACACAUCAUGAAGAAAUUGCAGGUACACUCCUCCGGAUGAGAAGGAAAGCCUGGGUGGUAACAGGCUGGAGACUAGCUCAAAAAAUUGUUGAUAACUGUGUGACAUGCAGAAAAGUGAAGGCCAGAAGAUGCCAGCAGAUCAUGAGUGAACUUCCACCUGAAAGAAUAACACCAGCCAAUCCAUUAGAGUACACAACAGUGGACUUAUUUGGACCUUAUGAAGUGAAGGAUGAGGUGAGAAAGAAGGUGAAGCUCAAAGUAUGGGGAAUUGUCUUCUGCUGCAUGGUAUCCAGGGCUAUGCACACAGACCUCGUCAGUGACCAGUCAGCUGAAGGCUUCGUUAGCCUACUAACGGUUCACAGCACUGAGAGGGUAUCCACGGAAACUGUGGUUGGAUCCUGGAAAGAACUUUGUUGGGGCCAGACCUGCCCUCAAAGAGCUCUACAUGUUUCUGGACCAACUGGAAAAGUCAAAGCUUGAAAAUGAAGCCUCCAAACACAGCACAGAAUGGAGCUGGAAAAUCCAUCCAGCAGACUCGCCUCACAGGAAUGGAGCCGCUGAAGCUGCUGUCCGCAGUGUGAAGCGGGCUUUGCACAAUCUGGGAGGUAAUGGAGUCUUCACAUGGGGUGAGUUUCAAACCUUCCUUUAUAUGGCUUCCAACCUCGCCAAUGAAAGACCUAUUGAUGCCAGGACUCAGAGCCGGGAGGACUGUGUAGAAUACAUCAGCCCAAAUUCACUUCUGCUUGGAAGAACUGGACCCAGUGGUGAUCCAGGGACAUUUGACUUUGAAGGCUACUCUUACAAGAGAUUAAGAGCAAUCCAAACAGAAGUUGACCGGUUCUGGAGGAAAUGGAGCCAGUUAGCAGGACCAAACCUGUUUAUCAGGUCCAAGUGGCACACAGCACAAAGGAAUGUGGCCGUUGGAGAUGUCUUCUGCCUGGCUGACCAAAACACCCUGAGAGGUCUGUUCAGGCUUGCCAGAGUUGUUGAUGUCAACACUGACAAGAAAGGAAUUGUAAGGGAUGUGCAUGUUAGAACCUUCCCCAGUUACCCAGUCUCUACUGUGAAACUCACUCAAAAGGUGAAGACGCCGUCAACCAAAAUACCUGCAACAGUUCUUCACAGGGAUGUCACAGGGAUGUCAGUUGUCCUGCUUCCAGUUGAAGAGCAGCAACAAGAUUUGAAAAUGGAACAAGUGAAUCCAGUACAUUAUGUAACUGGUGUGAUGACCUUGGGUUGAAGAACCAGGAGGUCAAGUGGGAGGUGUUGUCAGAUUUCAAUUCAUUUCUCAUGAGCACUCAAAGCACUCCAAACCAACAGGGGGGGACCAUGCACAAGAUAGUGGUGGAACCCAAACCCUCAGCAAGUGUUUUAGAGGGACCAUAUUCACCUGCGCACCUAUUGGGAAAGCAUGGUAGGAAAUGUUUGGACAAAGCCCAGUUAGCCUUUCACCUGCUCCUGGAAAUAUGGAAUGACCACAACUCCAGAUCAACCUCAAAACGCAACUGGUAGGGGGGAAAAAAAAAAAAACUUAAUGUGGAAGAUGCGAUGAGGUCAUGCUUCAUCAUGACUGUUUGUUAAUUAUUAAGUAAAUGCAGUUUAAAUUGGAUAAUUUUGGUUAUGCUAAUUUAAACUUAUUGUUGAAAAUGUAUCUGAAUUGUUGAAAAUUUAUCUGAAUUUAAUAGUAGUAUGAUACUUUAAGUUUGUCUAUUGUUACUUUAACCAUUAACUGACUUGAGGCCCUAAUUUGAAUGACGUUUGUUUGUUUGUUUGUUUGUUUGCUUGAGGGAAAAUGUUUAUUUUAUUCAUUUUGAGACAAAUGCUGGCUUUUUAAAAAAAAAAAUUUAUUAUUACCUUGAAGGUUAUCAACCUAUUCAAUACUAUCCAAUUUCAUCAUUUGAUUAUGUCCACUGAAACCAAAACCCUCUUCAAGCAAAUAAAAAUCAAGGAAUAAGGAGAAUUGAGUUGUCCAUUGCAUCCUUCAACGGUUGAUCAGGCAGUUUUCAAGUUUGGGCAGAGUUGUAGUCACAAAAAGCACAGAACUUGACAGUGGUGUAGUGGUUAGCACGGUCACGUCACAGCAAGAAGGGUCUGGGUUCGAGCCCAGUGGCCGAUGGGGGCCUUUCUGUGUGCAAUUUGCAUGUUCUCCCUGUGUCUGCAUGGGUUUCCUUUGGGUGCUUCAGUUUCCCCCACAGUUCAAAGACAUGCAGGUUAGGCUAAUUGGUGGCUCUAAAUUGACCAUGGGUGUGAAUGUGAGAGUAAAUUGUUAUUUUCUCUGUGUCAGCCCUGUCAAACCUGGUGACUUGUCCAGGGUUACCCCGCCUCUUGCCCAUAGUCAGUUGGGAUAGGCUCCAGCUUGCCUGCGACCCUGCACAGGAUAAGCAGUUAUGGAUGGACAUUUGUAUUUGUAUCCAUUUCAUAACUUUUUUUUUUUUAAAUAUACAAAUGCGUUUAAGAAAAUAUAGUUUAGCUCUGUAAGAAUGUUGUAUAAAUGUAUAGCUGCAGCCUCAUGGUAUUCAACAUUUGAGUGUGUAGAUUUUAUAUUUGGAGGGCGGUGAGCUGAUGAUAGUUAAUGCUUUGUGUAAAAAUAUUGUUUAAAAAAAGUGGCUUCUGCAUUAUCUAAAUGUUAACAUUUU